GUCGUGAAGCGACCGAGCCUACGAAAGCGCUCUUCAGGCGAGGACUUUGCAUUCCAACGUCGGCUCUCCUGGAAGGAUCUCUCGAACCCGAGGCCUUCUGCGCCGACGUCUCCGGUAGCAGAUGGCUCACCUCCUCAGCCUCGGAGCGGAACACGACGGACUCCCAGCCCAG